AUGGAGGCCUUUCAACUACUUUACCACAUAUUUCCUUGCGUUGCAUUUGGUUUCAUGGCUGCAAAUGAGGCAAUAUCUCAAGCAGCACAAGCGAAAGGCUCCUUGCACAUCACUGAUCUAGGAAUGAAACAUAAACUUCAAUGUCCUUCCCUGAUACGAACACUAGCAUCAAGGCCCGAAGGUCCCCCGACUCUUCUAAUAACGACAUUAACCAGCAAUGUACAUCUCCUAGAGCUCGAAGCCUAUAUGAAGUCCCUCAUCGAGGAUGCUAGCUAUCUCACUCGGUAUAGCAAUGGAGUUCCACACAAUAUCAGAGUCAGUUACACCAUGUCUUUUAACUCCAGAGAAUCUCAAGAGAAGGGGAACCAUUAUACAUCAACAGUUAUGCACUUGCACAAAUAUGUCAAAGAAAGAAAAGGAUCGCUCGAAGCAAUCAAGAAACUAAGCCCAGCUCGGUUGACAGUGGUGGAACAAGAUGCAAACCACAACGGACUGUUCUUUCACGGGCAGUUCCUCGAGGCCCUUCACUGCUAUUCAGCCAUUUUCUAUUCACUAGAAGCUAGUCUACCCAGACAUAGUCCUCAAAGGAUGAAGAUAGUGAGGCUUUACUUUGCCAAAGAAAUAUGGAACAUCAUAGCUUACGAAGGGUCGGACGGGACCGAAAGGGACGAACAAGUGGAUCCAUGGUGA